GAGGCGGCUUCGCAGUGACGAGGGAAUGGGAAAUCCCCAAGUAUGAUUUCUUUGUUGGAGAAUGGUUUCUCUGCUAAUCUACACAAACCUUCAAAAGCUUCAAAGCUUCCAGUACCACUCCUUUUCAUAACUUUGCUUUUAUCAUUUAUUGUUAUCUUUCGGGAGCCCAAUUCGCUUCAUCACCAACAAUAUUGUUAUGGGUAUCCUCUGUUAUCGAUUGGUACGUGUUCUUGAUCCAAAAUAUGGCUUCCUCACGCUACAAUGGUGGAACAGCGUUUGUUUUUUCCUACCUAGAAGACUUGGGAUAAGGCAGUGUUUGUAUGAUGACUUUGGAAAGACCACCCCAAUUUUUUCUUUAUAGUUAUGUGCUCAAUUGCAAGAUUCUGCUUGGUGGAACCGGUUUUGUUGCAAAUUCGAGUUGUUUCUAAUCUAAAAUGCCUCUUUAGAGUGUACCGUACGGCUUCUUCGGCGUUGUUGUUGGAUGACGACCAUGUGUUUGAUACUAGUCCUGGUGUCCCAGUUGAUGAUCUUGUUGAAAUUAAUAUUCAGAAAUGUCAGCUGCGUGUUGGUAGAAAGCGCAAUGAAAUUAGGGUUAUGAAUCGUCGGUCUCGGAUCCAUAGAAAGCAUGUAUUAUCUCCUGUGGUAGUUAAAGUGUUUAAAUCUUUGAAUUGGGAAGUGGCCAGGCAUAUAAAGUUUUCAAAAACAAUGAAGAAGUAUGGGUUUUCUCGUUCCAUUGAUGCAUUCAGGACAGUUGUUAAUGUGUUAGCUUUGGCGGGGAUGCACAUGGAGGUGUAUGCUUUGCUUCGAGAUAUUGUUUGCUAUUAUAACAAAGUUAAUUUGGAUGCUUUUGAGUUGUUCCCCAUUUUGUUGGAGUCGCCUAAAGAUGCAGCAAGAUCAGUUAUUGUAUUUGAUUUACUUAUUAAGGUUUUUGCAGCAAAUUCAAUGCUUGAAAAUGCUGUGGACGUAUUUUUGCAAGCUAAGAAAACUGGGCUGGAAUUGAGUACUCGCUCCUGCAAUUUCUUGCUCAAGUGUCUGGCUGAAGCAAAUAGAAGGGAAUUUCUCAGGAGUUUGUUUGAAGAAAUGAAGAGCACCGGGCCACCACCUAAUGUUUUCACUUACACCAUUAUGAUGAACUUUUACUGUAAAGGAAAUUUUGGGGAGGCAGACAUUGAUACUCGACAAGCAACUGAGAUUCUAGAGGAAAUGGAGAGAAAUGGGGAAAGCCCAACUGUUGUAACAUAUAGUACUUAUAUUUAUGGACUUUGUAGGGUCGGUUAUGUUGAGUCUGCAUUGGAUUUUGUUCAGAGCUUGAUAUCUGCAAAUGGGCUUGUCAAUGUUUAUUGUUAUAAUGCUAUUAUUCAUGGGCUUUGCAAAAAAGGUGAACUAGAUGAAGCUUUGAAGGUGUUGGAAGAAAUGAAGAGUUGUGGAAUAUCACCAGAUGUUUAUACUUACAGCAUCUUGAUUCAUGGAUUUUGCAAACAGGGAGAUGUUGAGAAAGGUCUUUAUUUAAUUGAGGAAAUGAAAUACAGUAACCUGGAACCUUCACUGGUUAGCUAUAGCUCACUCUUUCAUGGUCUCUGUAAGAAGAGGCUCUCGGAUAUUUCACUAGAUAUAUUCCGUGAUCUUGGGGCUGCUGGAUACAAGUAUGACCAAACUGCUUAUAGCAUCUUAAUCAAAGGAUUUUGUAUGCAGGGGGAUUUGGAUUCUGCCCACAAACUUAUGGAGGAGAUGGUCAGAAAUAAUUUGGCUCCUGAUCCUUCUAAUUUUGAGAGUCUGGUUCAUGGCUUUUGCAAGAUGGGGCUCUGGGUUAAUGCCUUGGAAUUUUUCAAUAUGAUGCUAGAAGGUGGAAUUCUGCCUAGUAUUGCAACUUGCAAUGUUAUUAUUGAUGUGCAUUGCAGGGAAGGCCGUGUGGAAGAAGCUUUGAACCUUAUGAAUGAAAUGCAAACACAAGGGAUUUUCCCCAACUUGUUUACCUAUAAUGCUGUCAUCAACAGGUUGUGCAAGGAAAGAAAGUCAGAAAGAGCAUUAGAACUUUUUCCUUUAAUGCUAAAGAGGAAUGUUCUUCCUAGCGUUGUUGUUUAUAGCACCCUUAUAGAUGGUUUUGCUAAACAGUCAAACUCACAGAAGGCCUUGAUGUUAUACGCAAGAAUGUUAAAGAUUGGAGUUACACCAGACAUGGUUGCCUAUACAAUUCUUAUCAACAUAUUAUGCCACAGGAGCAGAAUGUGUGAAGCAUAUAAUCUGUUUAAGAAAAUGACUGAAAAUGGUAUGACUCCAGAUAAGAUUUCUUACACAUCAGUUAUAGCUGGGUUUUGUAGAAUCGGGGACAUGAGGAAGGCAUGGGCAUUGUUCAAUGAAAUGUUACAGAGAGGUCAUUUGCCUACUGUUGUUACUUAUACCUCUCUAGUUGAUGGAUAUUGCAAGAUGAAUCGCAUUGAUAUUGCUGAUAUGUUAAUCGAUGAAAUGAAAAGAAAGGGGAUCACUCCUGAUGUGGUGACUUAUAAUGUUCUCAUUGCAGCACACAGGAGACGUGGAAAUCUUGACAAAGCACUUGAAAUGCUUAAUGAAAUGAAGGAGAAUGGUGUUCUCCCAGAUCAUAUGACCUACAUGAUGCUGGAGUGGCUACUGAAGGCUAAGAAGCUGAAAACAAGAUGUAGCAAAGACUAGAUGUUUAUGCAGUUCAAAGGAUUCUCAUUUCAUGGGAUGAAGAUGAGCAUCUUUUUGGCCAGUAUGUGUGCCAGUUAUAGUCAGUCAACACAACCUGGUAAAAUAUUGCGGGGCUGUUAGAAAAUUAUAAUCUGCAGAUAUUGCUUAAUCUUGUCUUUUAAAAUGAUUAGAGAAUGAAAUGGUGGCUUGUCAUUUUGAUUGUGUGCCACAUACACAGAAUUGGGUAAAGCUCAUGGGUUGAGAGCAGAGCAAAUGACCAGGCAAAAACCACCUUCAACUUAAAGAAGACUGAAUUUAAGAGUCUUCUCUCAAUCUCCAGUCAAGGUGGCAUGGGAAUUUUAGGCCACUUCUCAAGUUAGCUUCUUUGCUCGGAAGGCCGGUGAGAGUAAGACACGACUGACCCGUUCAUGAGACAUGGGAAGAUUUUGUAAAUUGGUGCUGUUCAUGUAAGCAAGGGAAGGAACCAGCAAACAGUAUACUUCUACAUUUUCUUGGUGCUGAUGGGCAUUUUUAGAGUGCAUUUGGUCAAGGAAUGAUGGUGGAGGGCUAAAGGAAGUAGGCGAUCUUUUACACGAGGCAACUUUGGGCUAUUAUUAUGGAAAUUCAUACUGCCAACAUGAUCAAGGGUGCUCAGCAAUCAGGAGAUAGAUGCUGAUGUGUGAACCAAUGCCCAACAGUUCAUUAUUUUCCUCCAAUGGCCAAGUGCUGCAGAAAAUGCUCAAUGAGAGAGUUCAGAUUGGGCAAUUGGAUGGUGUUCAAAAAAGCUACUGUAUGUAGAGCAUGAUCAGCAUGUGGCAGCAGCUUGUUAUGAUCUGGUAUAAUGUGGCCCAUGAAGGUUUUGAUGGAAGAUCCUCUCUUGGCAUGUUUGGGCUUCAAGCUUCCCUACUGGGAUGGAAAGACUGGAUUCUUCUGAGCAACAUGAGAACUCUUGUAUACUAUGUACAUGCAGAAUUUGACUCAUUUACAGUCUAAACUAAGCCUUCUACUAUGAUAUGAUUGAUUUGAGGAUGAUAUUUUAAUUUUCUCUUGCUUUUAAACAAUUCUA